AUGGCUGCAGAAGGAAAUCACCACAAGAGAUCCUGCCCGCUCUUCCGGCCCUAUGUGCUUGUGACCUGCAAGUCGUGCGGGGUGGCUGGGGGGCCUUCAUGGAUAAUGACCAGUGGUAGACACCAUGGCUGGUCUUGCCCGCGGUAUUCAUACAGUGAUGCUGGAGAGUGCAAGUUCUGCGGCUUCGUGGGAGAAGUGUCCAUGGUCACUUCUAAUGGACCUCACCAUGCACGACUCUGCCAGAGGUUCCGACCAGCUACAGCCGACUCACCAAAGGUUGCAGUGUGCAAAUACUGCGGAUUGCGGGGAUCAGCCGCGAUGGUCACUGGAAUUGGUGACCAGCACUUGACGGGGUGCCCUCGGAGCACAACAAAGCCUGCUGCAAAGAGCACCAAGUAUACCACGUCCAAGCCAACGGAAAAGGAAGGUGCUUUGUCAAGCUGGUUUUCCUGCUUCGUCGGUGAUUGCUGCAGUGUGGAUUCGGCAGUCCGCAACGAGGGCCAGCAUGAAGAAAUUGUCGUCAAGGACAACACAUUCGGCGACGUGAAGAAAGUCGAAGAUAUCGCCGAGGCAGAGACAAACGUGGAAGACGUUGCCGAGGAGGCAGUCAUGCUGUGA